ACAAAAAUCCAGCGAGCCUUCUACCGUUUCUCCAAAUAAAACGGCAGCAACUUAUGCGGACCCAUCUUCAAAGAAGAUAAGAAAACCAUACUUCAAAAACUAUCAGCAAUCUGCUUUGGAAACAGCAAUCAACAACAUUCAAGGACGGGCUAUGCCUUUCAAAACUGCUUCAAAGAAGUAUGGAGUUCCGCGAAGCACUCUCCAGUAUCGCUUAAGUGACAAGUUUAAAAAUAAAGGUACACGCGGGCCUUACACCAUAUUUUCAACGGAUGAGGAAAAUCGCAUCGUAACAUGGCUUAAAGAUAUGGGACGAAAAGGCUAUCCGAUCACGCAAAACAGCCUUCGAUACAAAGUAUCCAGUUAUUUGAAAUCAAAUCCCCGGCCAAAUCCGUUUACGAACAACACACCUGGAAAGUCGUGGUUCAAGCUGUUUAUGAGACGCCAUCCCGAUCUGACGAUCCGAACUCCUGAGGCAGUAACAGCAGCGAGUUCCAAAGUCACAGAAAAGGAUAUUCGGAACUGGUUCCGAAACGUGUACAGCUACCUAGAAGAUAAUGAUUGGGCAGACAUUUUGCUCGAUCCGGCUAGAGUUCUGAAUGGAGAUGAAACAGGAUUUAGUCUGAAUCCUAUUCCGAAGCAAGUAAUCGCGUUGAAAGGCAAAAAAGACAUCUCAUUCAUCGAAGCAACUAGCAGCAAACAGAACGUGACGGUGAUGUUUUCGUUUGCUGCUAAUGGAUUUGUUUUUCCUCCAGAUGUCAUUCUCAACAUGAAACGACCUAGCAGAGACAUUUUGAGAGCUUUCCCUGGUAAUUGGGGCAUUGGAACUUCAGAAAAUGGUUGGAUGAACACCGCCAAUUUCGUUAAGUACAUAAGACAAAUUUUGUAUCCAGCGCUAAAGCAGGCAGGAACUAAAUUUCCUGUCCUGUACUUCGUAGAUGGGCACAGCUCCCAUACAGCAUUUGAAGCUGCUGAUGCAUGCCAACAGUUGGGCAUCAUAAUGAUUGCACUCUAUCCCAAUGCGACUCGUAUACUACAACCGGCUGACGUGGCUAUUUUCAGGCCACUAAAAAAUAGUUGGGGAAAGAUGGUUGAUUCUUGGAGAGCAGAACAUCCAUCAGAAAAAUUGACAUUAACAACUUUUGGACCGCUGCUUGAACAAGCGAUGGAUAUGUCUUUCACAAAAACGACUAUUAUUAACGGAUUUUCAGUUUGCGGUCUGCAUCCGUUUAACGCAAACGCGGUUGAUUAUACAAAAUGUCUUGGUAAAAGCGCAGAGAAGGAUGACGCGGUUGAAGAUACAGAUUCAGCAUUGAUUGCAAAGAGCACACAAUUGUCUCCAUCAGUGCCAAUUUCAGCGAUGAACAAUAUGGAGGACGAAAGAACUACUCAUACUGCGUUCAAGAGGAGUAUUAUGGUAGAUGAAGACGUCGCUACGAAGGCUAUCGAGUUAAUCGGAGAGUCAAAGAUAAAUCUGUAUCUAAUGGAAGACUCAGAAAACUUAUCGAACGAAGAUCGAGCGUUGUCUUAUAUAUAUCAAAACAUCUUGAAUCCAAACAAUCGCUUAACAACUGAAUGGUGUGAGCAAGUUGCAAGUUUCGAUGAUUCCACGAAUGUUAUUCCACCGGCGGAUGGUCAUCUCUCAUUUGACAAGGAAGUUCCACCUUUUGAGAUUGAGUUGCAGGACGACGAAAAGGACGAACAAGGAUCAUCUCCCCCAUUCGAGAAUGACUCUUUCAAUACGGUUGAAGUCAUUGACCUAUUUGAAGAAGCGGGUGAUGCUGUCGCCGUUGAAGAUGCUAGUUCUCCGGUGGUGCUACGUGACUGCACCAACACUAUGAGGGAAGACCAGGUUGAUGAGUUCUUUGUUUCUCCGCCAACUCCAAAGCGCAACCCAACGCAUCGAAAUUAUGUUAAUCGCACACAUAUUGUGUUAACGGCUUCCGAAAGGCUGGAGGAAAUGCGGCUUUUUGAAGAAAGAAAAAAGCAACAAACAGAAUUUAAGAAGAAAAGAGCGGAAAUGCGUGAAAUUCGUAAGAAAGAAAAAGAGAGAGAGGCAGAAGAAAGGAAGAAGAAGAAGUUGUUGAGGGAAAAGGAGAAACAACUGAUGAUUCAGCUGAAAGAAGAGAAAGCACUGAAGAGGAAACAAGAAAAGGAAAAGAAAGAGUCUGAGAAAAAUAAUAAGAAGCAAAAGUUAGCGAAAAUGAUACUCUAACAACUUGAAAUUGAUUAUUGAGCAACAAAUGCUGUAAGAAUUCGUACAUCGAGAUAAGGCAGCACAGAUACAAGUAAAAAUGUUGUUUCAAAAACGAUAAACAUUACAAAUAAUAAAAAUCAGAAAAGAAAA